AUGAUCGGUCCCGGGAGUGGAGUCGCCCCUUUCCGCGCAUUCGUGGCGCGGCGAGUGCAGUCGGCACAGAACGGCGAGCGCGUUGGACAGUCUGUCCUCUUCACCGGCUGCUGGAGACCGGACGAGGACUUCAUGUACGAGGAAGAGUGGAACAUGAGCAAAGGGCUUCUCGAGCAUCAGUUCCAUCUGCACGUGGCAUUUUCACGAGUUGGCCCGUCCAAGGUCUACGUACAGCAUCUUCUGAAGGAGCUGGCCGUCAAGGUGCUGAGCCUGCUCGAGAACGAGGAUGCCCAUCUGUACAUCUGUGGUCAUUUCAAGAUGGCCAAGGAGGUGACCGCGGUCCUGGUUAACCUGAUUGCUCAGCGCCGGUCAUUUUCAGAAGACAAGGCUUGA